AUCGGUGAGUGUUGGGCGUGGUCAGGAGAGUCAAUGAGGAGUCAUUAAAGCAAGUUGGGAAAGAAGGCAGUGUGAGUGAGUUGAUACUGAAAACAAGGCGGCAGCACAGUUGGUCAGUGUCAGAAUAAGGGGUGUGUAUGAAGCCUUAAAAAUCGCAUUAAGAAGGAAGUGAGAAGUCCACUGCUGAAGGUGGAAAGAAGAUAGUGUUGGUGGCCUGGGGAUUUUUUCAUGUUGGAAGUAUUCCCGCCUGGAAUUUGUAUUGAUGUUUCCCCUUCACUACAAUGGAGCCCUCCAUCAAGUACAUGGUGACUUGGGAAAUUAGAGGACUAUGCAAGCAGUCCUAAAUUCUAAGGGAUAAAGAAGUUACACACACACACACACACACACACACACACACACACACACACACACACACACACACACACACACACACGAAGUUACACAGUUUACCCUCCCUCUUCCCCUUCUCCAGAUCUAACAUAGAUGUUCCUGAGAAGAUGCCCACCUGUCCUUCCUUCCCUCUUUACCUACCUAUCUCUCUCCUUCCUUCCUUCCUUUCAUAUUAAGGCCAGAGUAAGAUUGCCCUUUAGCCCAGUGUAGAGUCUGAAGUUUUCUUUUGCAACUGUUUGAGGGAGAUGGGGAGGGGGAGAAGAGCAUAGAAGACAAGAAAGUGGCUCCGGGAACACCACAUUAAAUCCAACUUCUCCCAGAGGAAUCAACAGUAGCCUUCCUUGAGGAACUGCCUUUUCCAUUUGCUGCCUGGAGUUAACAUUUCCUGCUGGCAGAAUCAGGGACAUGCCAGCACUAGCGGGAUGAGUGGGUGCUCCGGCGGGGAUGUGGUCAUUGAUGGCCAAUGAGAGUGAGACCACCACGGCCCAUUUCUUCCUUGGAGCUGGAGAUGAGGGCCUGGGCACCCGUGGAAUAGGUAUGAGGACAGAAGAGAGUGACGGCGAGCUCCUUGAGGACGAAGAGGAUGAAGUGCCUCCUGAACCUCAGAUCAUUGUUGGUAUCUGUGCCAUGACCAAGAAAUCCAAAUCCAAGCCAAUGACCCAAAUUCUAGAGAGACUCUGCAGAUUUGACUACCUGACCGUUAUCAUCCUGGGAGAAGAUGUGAUCCUCAAUGAACCUGUGGAAAACUGGCCAUCCUGCCACUGCCUCAUCUCUUUCCACUCCAAAGGCUUUCCUCUGGACAAAGCUGUUGCUUACUCCAAGCUUCGAAACCCCUUUCUUAUCAAUGAUCUGGCCAUGCAGUAUUACAUCCAAGAUAGGAGGGAGGUGUACCGGAUCCUGAAGGAGGAGGGUAUUGAUCUGCCUCGAUACGCUGUGCUCAACCGUGACCCUGCCCGGCCUGAGGAAUGCAACCUGAUAGAAGGUGAAGACCAGGUAGAGGUCAAUGGAGCUGUCUUUCCCAAACCCUUUGUGGAGAAGCCAGUGAGUGCAGAGGACCACAAUGUUUACAUCUACUACCCCAGUUCAGCUGGAGGAGGAAGCCAGCGCCUCUUCCGUAAGAUUGGCAGCCGAAGCAGCGUUUACUCUCCUGAGAGCAGCGUCCGAAAGACAGGGUCAUACAUCUAUGAGGAAUUUAUGCCGACAGAUGGCACAGAUGUCAAGGUGUAUACAGUGGGGCCAGAUUACGCCCAUGCUGAAGCUAGAAAAUCUCCAGCUUUGGAUGGGAAAGUCGAACGAGACAGUGAGGGGAAAGAGAUUCGUUAUCCAGUCAUGCUGACUGCCAUGGAAAAGCUGGUGGCCAGAAAAGUCUGCGUAGCUUUUAAGCAAACAGUUUGUGGAUUUGAUCUUCUUCGUGCUAAUGGUCACUCCUUUGUGUGUGAUGUCAAUGGCUUCAGUUUUGUCAAGAACUCAAUGAAAUACUAUGAUGACUGUGCCAAGAUUCUGGGGAACACCAUAAUGCGAGAGCUUGCCCCACAGUUUCAGAUCCCAUGGUCCAUCCCCACAGAGGCUGAGGACAUUCCCAUUGUCCCUACCACAUCUGGCACUAUGAUGGAACUUCGUUGUGUCAUUGCAAUUAUCCGUCAUGGGGAUCGUACCCCCAAGCAGAAGAUGAAGAUGGAGGUGACACACCCAAGGUUUUUUACUCUGUUUGAAAAACAUGGUGGCUAUAAGACAGGGAAAUUAAAACUAAAGCGACCUGAGCAGCUCCAGGAGGUUCUGGACAUCACAAGGCUGCUGUUGGCUGAACUAGAGAAAGCACCAGGUGGUGAGAUCGAGGAGAAGACUGGGAAACUAGAGCAGCUGAAGUCUGUGUUGGAGAUGUAUGGUCACUUCUCAGGUAUCAACCGGAAGGUUCAAUUGACUUACUAUCCUCAUGGAGUAAAGGCUUCUAAUGAGGGGCAAGAUCCGCAGGGGAAGGCUCUGGCUCCAUCUCUAUUGUUGGUACUGAAGUGGGGUGGAGAAUUGACUCCUACUGGCCGUGUUCAGGCUGAGGAGCUUGGGCGAGCUUUUCGUUGCAUGUACCCUGGAGGACAGGGUGACUAUGCUGGCUUCCCUGGUUGUGGGCUGCUUCGUCUCCAUAGCACUUUCCGCCAUGAUCUCAAGAUCUAUGCCUCUGAUGAGGGCCGUGUCCAGAUGACUGCUGCUGCCUUUGCCAAGGGCCUCCUGGCUCUAGAAGGGGAGCUGACACCCAUUUUGGUACAAAUGGUGAAGAGUGCCAACAUGAAUGGGCUCCUGGACAGUGAUGGUGAUUCCUUGAGCAGUUGCCAACACCGUGUAAAGGCUCGACUGCACCAUAUUUUGCAGCAGGAUGCACCCUUUGGCCCUGAGGACUAUGAUCAGCUGGCUCCCACUGGAAGCUCUUCCCUGCUUAACUCCAUGACUGUCAUCCAGAAUCCUGUGAAGGUCUGUGGUCAGGUAUUUGCCCUGAUUGAAAACCUCACCCACCAGAUUCGGGAACGGAUUCAGGACCCCAAGUCUGUAGACCUGCAACUCUACCACAGUGAGACAUUAGAGCUAAUGCUACAGCGCUGGAGCAAGCUGGAGCGUGACUUUCGACAGAAGAGUGGGCGCUAUGAUAUCAGUAAGAUCCCUGACAUCUAUGACUGUGUCAAGUAUGAUGUGCAGCACAAUGGGAGUCUGGGACUUCAAGGCACAGCAGAGUUGCUACGUCUCUCUAAGGCAUUGGCCGAUGUGGUUAUUCCCCAGGAGUACGGGAUCAGUCGGGAGGAGAAACUGGAAAUUGCUGUGGGCUUCUGUCUUCCAUUGUUGCGGAAGAUACUACUUGACCUGCAGAGAACCCACGAGGAUGAGUCUGUCAACAAGCUGCAUCCCCUGUACUCCCGAGGAGUGCUCUCCCCCGGCCGCCAUGUUCGAACACGUCUCUAUUUCACCAGUGAGAGCCACGUCCACUCCCUACUCAGCGUCUUCCGUUAUGGGGGACUUCUUGAUGAGACCCAGGAUGCACAAUGGCAAAGAGCUUUGGCUUAUCUUAGUGCCAUCUCGGAGCUCAACUACAUGACCCAGAUUGUCAUCAUGCUUUAUGAGGACAACACACGGGAUCCCUUAUCAGAGGAACGGUUUCAUGUGGAGCUGCACUUCAGCCCUGGAGUGAAAGGUGUCGAGGAAGAAGGCAGUGCCCCGACUGGCUGUGGAUUCCGUCCAGCCUCUUCAGAGAAUGAGGAGAUGAAAACAGAUCAAGGCAGCAUGGAGAACCUGUGCCCGGGAAAGGCAUCAGAUGAGCUAGACCGGGCUUUACAGACUUCACCCCAGCCUUCUGAGGGCCCUGGCCUUCCAAGGAGAUCACCCCUCAUUCGUAACCGAAAAGCUGGCUCCAUGGAGGUGCUUUCUGAGACUUCAUCCUCGAGGCCUGGUGGUUACCGGCUCUUUUCAUCUUCACGGCCACCAACGGAGAUGAAGCAAAGUGGUCUAGGCUCACAGUGCACAGGGCUGUUCAGCACCACAGUGCUGGGUGGCUCCUCCAGCGCCCCGAAUCUUCAGGACUACGCCCGCAGCCAUGGCAAAAAGCUACCACCUACCAGUCUGAAGCACCGAGAUGAGCUCUUGUUUGUCCCGGCCGUAAAACGAUUUUCUGUGUCGUUUGCAAAGCAUCCGACUAACGAGCUGCUAGAUGACCAGCACCCUGUGGUCCGGUUGCUGCGCAGUUUUUCCUCUGACUACCCAGGGAGCUGGCCAGUCUCCUUGGAUGCCACCCUGGCGCAUCACCUGCACCAGUGCUCCUACCACCUGCGCCUCUUCCGGAACUGGCUACGCUCAGGCCAGGAUGACCCCGAGUGCCUCUACGGAUUUGAAGGGUGCUCCAUGGUGCCUACCAUCUACCCCCUGGAAACACUGCAUAAUGCCCUUUCCCUGCAUCAAGUGAGUGAAUUCUUGAGUAGAGUCUGUCAGCGCCACACUGAUACCCAGGCACAGCCAUCUGCAGCCCUCUUUGACUCCAUGCACAGCAACCAGGCCUCAGAUAGUCCAUUUUCCCCACCCCGUACUCUUCAUUCACCUCCCCUGCAACUACGGCAGCACUCUGAGAAGCCCCCUUGGUGUGGCUCCGCAGCACUGCGCCACAGACACGGCAACUGGGGAGAGAGGUGAGGACUGAAGAGCUUGUAGCCACGAAGGUCACUCUCGCAGUUUGGCAGCGGGCAUUUAGAAAUUUGAGAUUUGUAUGCGGCGUUCAGAAAGCACCCUGCGCCGGCUGAGGAACCCUAAAGAAGAAACUGUAAGGUAAGGACAUGGACUCUCCUGGGGAUGGUGAGGACUUUCGGAACAUCUGGCCCAAGACACUGCGGGGGGAGAGGGUGUAAUCAGAGGGGUCCCAGGGGCUGCACAGAGCUGUCCUGCCUCAGGGAGACUGAGGAACGCCACGAGGUGUGCCGGAAGGGUGGGGAAGCGAGAUGUUAGCAGCUCAGGAGGAUACGGACACAUGACAUGAAAGAUGCAAGUGACAGAGACGCAGAUCUCAGGAAGUGCACACUAAGGGAUGGAGGAUGCAGAUGUGCGCAUUGGGAGAUGAACGCAGAUGGCGGAGAAGCACCACGAAGCACUGGAAUGGAAGUGCCCGAAGCACAGCGAGGACAGCGGCUCACCUUGUUCAAGGUGGGCCCGCACGGCCCUCAGCUGACUCUCUGUGCCGAUAUCGCCGAUCACGAUGAGCAAAGAGUGUUUGCGAAGGUCCCAGCUUGCCACAGCCACCGCGGCUCGGGCCUCGCACAGCGGCUGGGCUGGGUAGUGAGCCAGCGGUGCUUCGGGACUGCGGAGCCCCAGCCCCGGAGUUGUCUCCAUGGCAACGUCGGGAGGUCUAGCGGGCCAGGCCUCGGUCUCCAUGGAAACUCCGGUCGAGUGCCAGGCGGGCAGCGUCCGCUGCUGGGAGAGUGCGCGCGGUUCUUAAAGGCCGGCGGCCGGAGCCGCUCAUUGGCUGCUGCCUGUCAGGGGGCGGAGCGUAGGCGCCGCAGGGGCCGGACUGGGGCCUGGCGCGUGGGCUCUGCAGUGUCGCUCGGCCGGGACUUGGUGGUGCUCCCCGACAGCCCCCCUCCAGUUUCCCAGAGGGCGCUCCCCCUCCGACUUGAGCAGGGGUGGGGGCUCUGAGGGACCCAGUAGAGGGAAGAGUCGAUUGCUUCGGCGCCGGAAGAAGAUUCUACUGAGGACGUGUCCCUGAUAAAUACUGGCUGGCAAUUCCGCAGCCUAUCGCAGCUGAGGGGAGCCAUCUUGUCCCUCUCUAUCUCCGAGUUUUGUAUCGUUGUCUCCAUGUGUGUCUGUGUGUCUGUAUUAUCAUUGCCUGGCGCUUUUUUUCCCCCCUUGGUCACUGCCUGUCAGGGUCCUGGCGUCAAUCCUCGGUUUCUCUGUCCUCCUUGCCCUAGACCCUGGGAGGGCUCAGGAAUGCUGCGCAGUAUUGGAGGGGACAGAAUGACCUUCUGGCCCUGAGUCCCUGGUGAAUUGUUAUUCCGAAGAUAGUGGUUGGCUAGUCUCCAUCUCUGCUGAGUGCAGGACCGAGUGCAAUGAGCUCAGACUGCAGCAAGAGGGAUUUGAAUAAAAUCCAGGGAAGACCUUCCCAACUAACUACAAAUGAUGUGACACAGUGAAAUGGGUAAUCUCAGGAGACUGUGGUAUUACUUCCCCCACGGAAUUCUCAAAACAGAAGGGGAAAUAUUUGAACCAAAGAGGUUGACAGUUACAAAACCAGGUAACCAGAGGGUGUGAAAGAGGAUUGAGGAAGUCUGGCACUGUUUUAUGACUGACUAGAACGUCUUUGUAAAAAUGGUGCUAUACAUCUACCCUCUUCAAUGUGUCUCCCCUGCCUACUCUGCACUACAGCUCCUUCUUUCAUCCAGGAUAUUGAAUCAUUCUUUACGUAUGUUUAUCAGACAGAGAUUCUUUCAUUCACCCUAGGGCUCCAGCAGCACUUAUUUUUUGUCCGAUUUGCCUUCCACUUUGGAGAGGGUACAGGGUAGAAAGGAGCACAGUACCUGAUUCAGCAAGGCUGCUUGUGAGCCACAUUCUGACUGGUAGUAUCUGCAUAUUAAGUACUUCACAGAAUCCUGGUCUCUAUCAUGGAGCAUAUGUUAUAGCAAACAGCCAGUCCAUUCUGCAACCAAUUUGAACAUGGCCCUGAUAAUCCUUUUUGUAGCAGAGAGGGGGGUGAAAAGAUUACUGGCAGAACAUCAGAUAGUGGGGAUGUGUCACCCUGUAUAAAUAUGAGGUAAUGUUCCACCAAACCUCUGCCACCCCCCAUUCCCUCACCAUUUGUGGAUCUGAAUCUGGAAAAGAGCAUGGAGAGAUGUGCAGGCCUCCUCUUCUGCAAUCAGAAAAAGAGUGCCACGUGGAGGCAGAGAGCCAGAAUAGGUUGUGGAGAGAAGGGGAUGGUUUCCAUAGCAACUGUAGAGAUGAGGCCUUUAACUAGCACUGCAUCUCAGUAUAAGGGUCAGCAGCAGUUAACCACAGGCUCUGCCUUCAUCAAGUCUGACAAAGAGAUUAGACAAUAGAUCAGAAUGGUAUAGGGAAGGAUCACAUACUGAUCACAUGGUAGGUGCAAAUUCAGGACUAUGAUCUCUGGCCCUGCUAGCAUUGGGUUUUAUUAAUUACAGCUGCAAAUGCAGACCAUGAUAGUAUUAAAGUCGCAUAUGUUUGCUGGAUGGGUAUUCAGCAGGCUGUUUGCAAAAGGCAGACAAUAUGACAGAAAGACUGACUACAGAUAUCUUUCAAUUUUCCUCCUUUCCUUAGUUAACAGUAUCCCAGCGAUUGGGUGAUGAUCUCAGAAUCAUCAUCGUAUUAUCAGAAAAUAUUUUUAAUUGUCAAAUUGUACAUGGCACUGUGCAAAGUAGUCUAUAAAGAACUGUGGAGUGUUAGCUUCUAUGCUCUAGAAUUUUACAAAGACAGAAAACACUGCACACAUGUACAAGACAGAAAGCUGAAUAAAAAAUUAAAGAAAUACAUAUAUGAAUUGCGAAGUAUAUAAAAACCUAGUUUGCAUUUAGGAAUAAUGUGCUGCAGCAGAAGCCAAGUAGUAAAAGAAUGUUAUUCAGAAGCCCAUUCAAAGGAUUAUUAGGGACCUGUGAUAUGCAUGAUUGUGAGGAACAUGUAGUAUAUGGUAGCUAUGGAAUCCACUAUACUGUUUGAUUUAACUGUUGACCCCCUAGACUGAUCAGGUAUGAUCUUUUGAGAACUCUCCCAUUCUGUAGCUUCUUCCACAGUCUUGAGAAGCAAAAUUGGCAGAUAUAGUGGUACAACAAAUAAUUUCAAACUAUUUGUUAUGAAGGACCCUUGAAUUGUGGAAGAGUCCACCACUGAAAGAGGAGGUUAGAAGAGGUGCAAGAAGAAGGCACUAUAUUAUAGGCUCUUUCCUUGGGUGUGCACUGGAGUGGACACAAGGCAGAAGAUAGUAUAAAUCUCAGGUGGGAUGAAAGUUAUUGUAGCUUUGGCUAAGUCUAAACUAGUUAGGGAAUUCUCAGCCCCCAGACAUUCAUCAGUUCAUAACUUAUGGUGAUAAAUUACCCAAUAGGUAAAUUAAGCACAUACUUAACAAAGUGGGAGUGGUAUCUCUUAAUUUUUUCUGGAAGUAAUUUCAUAUUUUUGUGUUUAAAAUAAAGUAUUAAA